AUGCAGUCCCCCCGGACAGUUAAAGACCUGCAGCGAAUCAACGGCAGACUCGUCGCCCUGUCCCGCUUCCUCGCCCGAUCGGGCGAUCGCUGCCUCCCUUUCUUCAAGGCGCUCAAAGACCCGAAAAACUUCCAAUGGACGUCGGAAUGCGAGGAGGCUUUGAAACAGAUGAAGCAGCACUUGGCCACCCUCCCUCGACUCGCCUCUGUCUUCCCCGGCGAAAAGCUGGGGCUCUAUCUGGCGGCCUCCCCGUACGUAGUUAGCUCCGUCCUCGUCAAGGAAAUCUCCGGCGCACAGCUCCCGAUCUACUACGUCAGCCACAUCCUGAGUGGACCCGAGGAGCGUUACCCGCCGAUAGAAAAACUCGCACUCGCCCUGGUGCUCUCAGCCCGGAAGUUGCGCCCCUACUUCCAGGCACACUCGGUGGAAGUCGUCACCGACCAACCUCUCCGGCAGAUCUUAACAAAGUUCGAUGUUGCAGGUCGGCUUCUCCGAUGGGCGGUGGAGCUCGGUGAGCAUGACAUCAGCUACGUAGCCAGGACCGCCAUCAAGGCCCAAGCGGUAGCCGACUUCAUCGUGGAGCUAGCUCGGGUGGGCAAAGACCUCAAGCGAACUCCCGAGGCUUGGACCCUACACGUGGACGGCUCGGCCAACUCUGGGGGCGCCGGAGCUGGGCUGGUCCUUCUCGCCCCCGACGGACGCUCAUUCGAGCGCUCCCUCCGCUUCGGGUUUAAAGCCACUAACAAUGAGGCGGAGUACGAAGCCCUCCUAGCCGGAUUGAGGCUGGCCCUCGAGAUGCAGGUGGCCGCAAUACACGUCCUCACUGACUCGCAACUCGUGGCCGAACAACUCAGCGGAGGAUACGAGGCUCGUGACGCAACCAUGGCCAAAUAUCUGGCACGGGUAAGGGAUCUAACCACGAAAUUCCCUCACUUUACAUUGUCUAACAUUCCGAGGGAGGAGAACGCACGGGUCGACGCGCUCGCUAAGCUGGCGUCGAGACGAACCCCCGAAGCGUGGUCAGAGAUAGAGGAGCUUCCCGCUCGCGCCAUUGAGGUAGCUACCACGGCCCCAGGCAGUACGCCGACCACGUGGGUGCAAGAGCUGCUGCGCUUCAAGCGAGAUGGAGCCCUCCCCCUCGACGAAGUCGCAGCUCGACGUCUGCGCCGCACACACGCUUGGUACACCGAGGAAAGUGGUCGGCUGUACAGACGAUCCUUCACCUACCCCUUCCUGAGGUGUUUGGAGCCUGACGAAGCCCAGACCGUCCUGGCUGAAACUCAAUAG